AUGGAUCCUCUUUCAAUAACAGCCAGCUGCGUCACGCUUCUAGGUGCUACAGGCAAGACGACCCUAGCCAUCACAAACUUUGUACGAGGAUGCCGCGAAGCGCGAGCUGACCUAGCCGCCAUUGCUGCCGAGCUCUCCCAGCUCCAACUUGUCCUGGAGCUGCUCAAAGACGAUGCUGCCGUCGGUAACAGCCAAAUUAUCCCCGAAUCCCUGCAGUCGCAGAUCCUCUCCAUCAUCGACAACUGUUCCGCCGUAAUCGCCCAGAUCGACACCAUCCUCGACCGACACAGCGGAAAAGCCGGAGUGGCGAAAUGGCUCGCCUUCGGGAAGCGCGAGGUCGCCGGCUUCCGGAUGUCCUUAGAGGCCCACCGGGGGUCGUUGAAUCUCGUGCUCGAGCUUGUUUCCGUAUCUGUUUCUCGCGCGAUACAAGAGGACACAAGGGCCAUUCGAUACGAUCUAGUAGACAUUAAAGAUGAUACGAAGGAAAUACCGCAAAUCAUGGAGGAGCUGACCAGGCUGAGGGCAAUUAUCGCUAGUGGGAGGAUCCCACCUGCGACUGUGGAUCAGAACUACACCCUUCAGAAAUACCUCGACUGCCUUACCUCCUAUGCGGAAUCAAUUUCAAACGAGGUAGAAUGGAGUAGCCCGGCCCCAUCAAGGAAGCUGAGUCUAGCUGCAGCAACAGCUGAUAUCGGCGUGCGAGGUAAUACGGAAGAACAGGGAGCGGGAGAUGUUGCUUGGUUUUCGGGCCCAGGACAUCCUGACCCACGAGCCAAAACUUCCCUGCCCAGUUCCGCAGACUUGGGGCACUCCCUUUCGACUCCCAUCCCUCCACAUCCUGAACGUGCUACGACCGAUGUCGGUCAAGAAGAUAAUACAGAAAUCGCAGCGGAGACACAAAGUCCUUUGCUGCUUCUCCCCGAUCGAACCGAAGGGAAUGGGCUUAAUAUGGAUUCCAAUGCGGCCUCACAACCCAUGCCAACGGUCGAUUUGGUUACACGUCCUUUGCUAACGCAUGCUCUACCUGAACAAGUUCUUACUGAAGCAGGACGGAUACCACCCGAGGGCGGCAGCAGCUCAUACCCUACUCGGAUGCAGGAAAAUCGACCGCGGGUGGAAUCCGAAGAGGGGCAGGAGGAUCCAAAGAAUAUAGACCCAAAGGAUACAGAAUCGCCCACUUCUGACUUGCUUCCAUGGGAGGGUUUAGUCAAGAUGGAUUUAUGCAGUCGUCUCGAUACCAAACUAAACAAGACAGACAACGAUAAUGUUACGCCGGAUGUAACCAUAGAGCCUGUUGUUCUAGGUGACAAAGAACAAGUGAUCGAGAAACCGACGCCAUUCUUCCAACUUUCGCAGGCUUCAGCCCUGUGCAAUCCUGGAGGCUCAGGCAAUGCCCUUUGUCAAGCUUUCGGCAAUACACCCCAAGGCGACUUUAAACUUGCUGUCGCUCCCGUGAAAAAAUAUGAUCCUUUCCGGUUCGGCAUGUCUCAGCUAACUAAGUCGUCCCCGACCGUGAUUCUACAUAGAGCGAUUUCCCUGGAGGAUGCCAACAUUAAGGCCCCAAUAAAGUCAGCCAGACAUUCGAGUUUCCCCUCUCGCGCUUUGGCCCUCCUGGAGAAAGGGAGAAACGAUGUCGCAUCUGACUUACCAGGCGUAUGGUCUUCUGCAAGUAUGGUUCGAGUAAUACUUAUUGGUGACUCGGCAUGCGGCAAAACUGCACUGAUCGAGACGUUUACUGAGGGUAGUAGAUUUGAUAUCGAUCCGGAUCCGACAGAAAUAUCGACCGUAUUCCGAGGCGAGCUUGACCUAGACGGCGGGCCCAUCCACCUCGCACUGCGCGACACUCCCGGCUCCGACGGCCUGCACCGCCUUGGGACGCCUUUCUACGCCGACUGCCAUGUUGUCUUGAUCUGGUUCUCGGUCGGCAGCCCGGACUCUUUGGAGAACGUGACGGAAAAGUGGAUCGACGAGGUCCGCCGCCAUUGUCCCGGCAAACUGAUUUUACUCGUUGGGUUAAAAUCCGACCUUCGUUAUAAUAAGGAGGUCAUCGAGGAUCUAAACCGGAAGAGCCAGCUUCCCGUGACUUUCGAAGAGGUAACUCAAUCUCAAACCACGAGGCGUUGA